CUGUGCUAUUUAUCAUCGAAUCGACGGCACGCUAAAGUUGAAAACUGUGGUCCCAUUGUCAACAGAUUGCAACCAUGUCAUCUUUUAAUGAUCCAUCAAAUAGAUUAAAAUGUAAUUAGAACUACAUUUCCACUAAUUAUCCAAAUAAUCAAAUAAACGAAGUCUAUACACCAGGUUUGAAAUCUACGAAUAAAAUAUUCAUUCCAAAUAUCUUGUCGCUGAAGUGACACAUGACGCGAGAUUUGGAGGGAAUUUCUAUUUAACGGUUUAUUUGUUUAGUUUCCCUUUAACUCGAGAAACUGUGUUACGAAAUAAGUUUUAUUUUGAAACAAACUCAACUAAAUACCAUGGCUCAGCCUUCAGUAGCAGCCUAUUUUAAUACGAGAAAACGUGUGGCGAUUGAUGAACUCAAAAUUAAUAGGGCUAGGAAAGUCUUAAUAGUUGAUGAAGGAGAAGGAAAGUUGUCUGCAAAAGCAAUCACUGAAAAUAAUGGAUAUCAACCCACAAAAGUCGAACCAAUGGAAACCUCAGAAGAAGCUAGUGAAAUUGAGAAAGUAGUGCCAAAUAAAAUAUUUAAAAAAGUUGGAAAAACUCAAAAUACUAGGAAAAGUGCAGUUCGUUCCAGUGCAUUGAAACGGAGAUCUAGUUCUACUAGUGUUAAAGGACAACAAGAUAUACAAAAUUUUGUGAAUUUGAAACCUGUCCAAGAAGAAAAUAAUUCUAUUUCACCCAAUGAAGAGAAUUCAGCUAUUAAGCAUAUAACUCCUCCGGCUUCUCCUAUGAAAGUUCUUAAUGGAAUGGAUAAUAUACAAGAGAAAACAAAAGGUGCUCCCUUAAAUUCAAUGAAAGUGAAGUUAGGUAGAAGUUCUAGAUUAGCUGAAUUGAAAGCUUCUUUAUCAAGAUUUGGCGAUUUACAAAAUAAGUUGAAACAAGUAGAGAAAGUGACUUCAAAGAUCUCUGUCAAACCUCCACCAAGUCCCAAACUCCAGAAUUUCAAGGCCAUUGAAUUAGAAGUUCAAUUGAGCCCCCAGAAAGUUCAAUCCCCACAAAAACUAUAUCUUAGUCCAAAGAAGGAUCUUACAGCUAGAAAAAAUCUUCUAAAUUUAUUAAGUCCUACUAAAAAUUCUGUAGCUCUUUGUGAAAGUCCUUCAAAAAAAAUUGAAGAUGCAACUUCCAAACCUGCAUUGUCAUUACCAUUCAAGUAUCGUUAUGUUGCUGAAAUGUUUAGAGCCAUUGAUACUAUUAGUCAACUUCUAUAUAACAGAAAAGAAACUAUAACAAUGUCUAAACUGAAACCUGCUGUUGAAAAUAUGACCAAGAGGAGUCUUUCCAAACGUUGUGUAGCCCAAAUAAAGAAAAUUUAUCCUGAAGCAUUCAAAUAUCACCAGGAAAAAUUGAGAGUAUUUGGAAGUGGCAAAAGAGAAGAAAAAUGGGAAUUAGUGAUAACACCCCUAAUUGGAGGCUGUGACCAUAUUAAUUCUGACAUUUUAUUGUCCAGACGAAGAGUAUUAUUCAGCAUUUUACUUGAUAAAGUCAAAGAUUAUCACCAUGAAUUCCUUAUGUCUCUAGAACCACCUAUGGUAAUUCCGAAAAAUGAGAUUAAGAGAUGGCAUCCUGAAUUUGAUAUUGAAAGAGUUCCUGAUAUUGAAGAAGACACUUUACCAGAGCCUCCAGAGGAAAUGAAGAUGACAUCUGGCAAAGAGGUUUUAGAUAAAGCUAGGGAGAUGUUUGGUUGUAACUCCCGAAUGGAACAAGCUCUUGAGAAAUUGAAAGCUAAGACGAAAGAGAAGGCUACAGAAACAAUUCCAGACAAUACUCCUCCACCUUCAAUUUUAAAAGGCAUUCCUAAGUCCUUAUUAGAAAAAGUACGACAAAGGCAAGCAGCAAAGGCAUUGAUAUCUAUGACAAGAUCUGUGGAUAAGGAGCAAGAACUUAAACUCUAUUCAAGACUGCCAGAACUUGCAAGACUGACCAAAAAUCUAUUUGUUUCUGAAAAGAAAAGUGUUUUGAAGUUGGAUGAUGUUGUAGAAAAGCUAGGUAAUUGCUAUAGAAUAAGUUUAACAAAAACAGAAAUGGAGGAUCACAUUAAAUUGUUGGUUAAAGAAUUGCCUGAAUGGUUAGUGCUACAUCAGUCUAUCAGCAAAAUAUGGUUCUUGAAGCAAUUGAAUAGAGAUGCUGAGGUGAAUCUUAUGAGGAAUAAGUUGGAAGAAAUUGUUAAGAUAAAGAGUAAUCAGUUGAAUUCUUAGUCUGAAUAUAAUGUAAUUAUUAAGUAAUCUCAAGCCAAUUGUACCUUGAAAGUUCAUUAAAAUUGACUGCUAUUUUUUAAAUGAUUAAUUCCAUAUGAAUUAAUCAAUAUUAAAAACUACUUAACAUGUAAGUUGAUUUUUAAAAUACAUAAAGAUAUUUUUAUAUAAUUUAUAAACUUUGAAAGCACCAUUAUUCAAAAUAUAAGGUAAACCAAAGAAUUAGCAUCAAAUGGAAUCUGUUAAAUAUUAAUGGUAUAAUGUAUGACUACCAGUUAAAAACUGCAAGUAUUUCAGUUAUUCAAAUUUUGUAACGUAUGAUGGUACAAGCAAUUCCUUAAAGUUGUGAUGUUAAAACAAAUAGAAAACAAGCAUUUUUUUUACUCUGUAUUCCUUAUUUUAUAAAAUUUCAGAAAGUCAAGAUAUCCAAUAUUAUCAUAAAUUAAAGCAUAAUUGAAAAUUGAAAGAUAAUCUGAGCUAGCAGAAAAUAAUAAAUAUCUGAAAAUAUA